AUGUCUUUGGCCAACAUCUCCCAAUUUUCACCAUCCACCUUCUUCCUGAUGGGCAUCCCUGGCUUGGAGCACCUGCAUGCUUGGAUAGGGAUUCCUUUCUGUUCCAUGUAUAUAGUGGCUGUAGUAGGGAAUGUGAUCAUUUUGGCUGUGGUUCGAGCAGAGCAAAGCCUCCAUGAGCCUAUGUUUCUUUUUCUGUGCAUGCUGUCUGUCACUGACCUGGUCUUGUCAACUUCUACCAUGCCCCGUAUGCUCUGUCUCUUCUGGUUUGGUUCCCAUGAAAUUGCUUUUGAUGCCUGUCUAGCUCAAAUGUUCUUCAUCCAUAGCUUCACAGCCAUGGAAUCUGGAUUCUUCUUGGCAAUGGCCUUUGAUCGCUACGUGGCCAUUUGCAACCCAUUACAUCACACAACUGUUCUUACCCAUAUCCGCAUUGCCAAGAUAGGUAUUGCUAUGGUACUUAGAGGUGUGGUCUUUUUCUUCCCACACCCUAUCUUGCUUAAGCAGCUGCCCUACUGUCAAACUCGAAUAAUUGCACACACCUACUGUGAGUUCAUGGCCUUGGUCAAACUUGCAUGUGCAGAUGCAGGUGCUGCCAAGGGCUAUAGCAUUAGCAUGGCUGGUGUCUUUGGCUGCUGUGAUGCCUCCUUUAUUGCCAUCUCCUACAUCCUCAUUCUACGUACGGUUUUCCAUCUACCGUCCCGGGAAGCCAAGCUUAAAGCCUUGGGAACAUGUGGCUCCCAUGUUUGUGUAAUCCUUGUCUUCUACUCCACAGCUGGUUUCUCCUUCCUGACUCAUCGUUUUGGCUUCAAUGUGCCACCCCAUAUCCACAUUUGUAUUGCUAAUAUAUACUUACUAGUGCCUCCUUUCCUUAACCCCAUUGUGUAUGGAGUACGAACUAAAAAGAUCAGGGACCGUGUCCUAGGGGCACUGAGGAUAAAAGUCAUCUGA